GAGGAAGCGGAGUGAGGGAAGCCAGAGCGGCGGCAGCAGCUCCUGACACCCCCGGACGAGACAGGACAACAUCAUCUCAAGUGAAUAACUUCACAUUGCCCCGGUAUAACCCCCCCUCCCAGACCAGUCCAGGGACCCCAGGAUGUCAGACCAGGCGGCCAGCAACAGCGACGGGGAGGACGGGCCCAAAGCGCCCGUCCGCGGGUUCGCUCGCCAGGGCGCGCUCCGGCAGAAGAACGUGCACGAGGUGAAGGACCACAAGUUCAUCCCGCGCUUCUUCAAGCAGCCCACCUUCUGCAGCCACUGCACCGACUUCAUCUGGGGUUUUGGCAAACAGGGAUUCCAGUGUCAAGUGUGUUGUUUCGUGGUUCACAAGCGUUGCCAUGAGUUUGUCACGUUCUCCUGUCCCGGUGCUGAUAAAGGACCUGCCUCAGAUGAUCCGAGGGCAAAACACAAGUUUAAGGUGCACACCUACUCCAGCCCCACCUUCUGCGACCACUGCGGCUCUCUCCUCUACGGCCUCAUACACCAGGGCAUGAGAUGUGACCACUGCAUGAUGAACAUCCACAAGCGCUGCGUGCCCAAUGUGCCGAGUCUGUGUGGGACAGACCACACUGAGAGGAGAGGCCGCCUCAUGAUCAGCGCCGAUGUCAAGACUAACGUUCUCACUGUUACCAUCAAAGAGGGCAAGAAUCUGGUUCCUAUGGACCCCAACGGUCUGUCAGAUCCGUAUGUGAAGCUUAAACUGAUCCCAGAUCCCCGCAGCGAGAGUAAACAGAAGACCAAAACUAUAAAGUGCAACCUCAACCCCACCUGGAAUGAGACCUUUAAAUUUCACCUGAAGGAAUAUGAUAAGGACCGCCGUCUGUCCGUGGAGGUGUGGGACUGGGACUUGGCCAGCCGCAAUGACUUCAUGGGGUCGCUGUCGUUUGGCAUCUCGGAGCUCCAGAAACAAGGAGUGGAUGGAUGGUUUAAACUACUCUCUCAGGAAGAAGGCGAGUACUUCAACGUCCCUGUUCCUCCAGAUGGGGAGGAGGGUAACGAAGAGCUGCGCCAGAAGUUUGAGAGGGCUAAAAUCGCCGUUGGCAAGAACGCAGAAGGGAAGGCUGCAAAUGCUGCACGGUUCGACUCCGAUGGCAACCAGGAUCGCAUUAGGCUGUCUGACUUUAACUUCCUGAUGGUGCUGGGGAAGGGCAGUUUCGGCAAGGUGAUGCUGGCAGAGCGCAAAGCCACAGAGGAGCUGUACGCCAUAAAGAUCCUGAAGAAGGACGUUGUGAUCCAGGAUGACGACGUAGAGUGCACCAUGGUGGAGAAGAGAGUGUUAGCUUUGGCCGGGAAGCCUCCGUUCCUGACCCAGCUGCACUCCACCUUCCAGACCAUGGACCGCUUGUAUUUUGUCAUGGAGUACAUAAAUGGCGGAGACCUCAUGUAUCAGAUACAGCAGGUCGGCAAGUUCAAAGAGCCCCACGCCGUAUUCUAUUCCGCUGAGAUUGCUAUUGGUCUUUUUUUCCUACACCUAAAGGGCAUCAUUUACAGGGACCUGAAGCUGGACAACGUGAUGCUGGACUGUGAGGGUCACAUUAAGAUUGCAGACUUUGGCAUGUGCAAAGAAAAUAUGCAGGACGGCGUUACAACCAAGACCUUCUGUGGAACACCAGACUACAUUGCUCCUGAGAUUAUAGCUUACCAACCUUAUGGGAAAUCUGUGGACUGGUGGGCCUUCGGAGUAUUGCUUUAUGAGAUGCUGGCUGGACAGCCUCCGUUUGACGGUGAGGACGAGGAUGAGCUGUUUCAGUCCAUCAUGGAGCAUCAUGUCUCCUAUCCCAAGUCCAUGUCCAAGGAGGCUGUCGCCAUCUGUAAAGGACUGAUGACGAAGCAUCCAGCGAAGCGCCUGGGCUGCGGUCCGGAGGGGGAGCGAGACAUCAGAGAUCACAGCUUCUUCCGCUACAUGGACUGGGAGAAGCUGGAGAACAAGGAGGUGCAGCCGCCUUUCAAACCCAGAGCUUGCGGACGGAAAGCUGAGAACUUUGACCAUUUUUUCACGCGUCACCCACCGGUGCUGACCCCCCCUGACGAGGAAGUGAUUCAGAACUUGGACCAAGACGAGUUCCAGGGAUUCUCCUUUAUCAACCCGGAGUUCCCAGGAAGCGUCGCUGACACCACUGCCACCGAGCAGGCUUGAUUUCGGCUCAUGCACGGAUACAUGGACACACACAAACAUAUGCAUCAUCAUUUUGUCCCAUUCCAGCUCAAUAAAACCUACAAGAUAGACGUAAAUACAUACCCGUGUCCCCACAGCUAUGAAGACCUCACAGAUUAAGCUCUAGAUACAUUGAUCACACUGUUAUGGAAGACCCCAUGUAAGGGUAAAAGAACCUAACUGCAUGUACUGUAGCACUCUGGAAAUAUGAAGUUGACAUAACUGCAUUUGACAAAAUUUGAAUGUGUACAUGGUAUCAGAUUAUUGCUACAGCUUAAAAAAAAAAGCACCAUGCAAUACAAUAUUGCGCCUACUUUGUCUUACCAUCGUUUUUGAGAGCUUAUUACUAUAAACCAGUGUAGUAUAGUGUUAUGCAUGAUAAACUGAGUAUUGCUGUAAGAAAGCAAGAAGCAUGGAAAUCAGAUUCACCACAAUCUUUCUAAAAUCCUACUUCUUCCGCAUACGGAGUGAUUUUCGGCUCGUGUUGCUUGCGGUGUGAACAAUGAGUUUGUGUUUAAUUUGGCGCGUGUUAUCAGAAUAAGUUACCGAUUAGGUCGGGCAUUCCAAUAGAAGAAAAAUAAAAAAAGCUUUAGGCUGAUUGGACCCCCGUUUUUUAUGUAGGUAAAGAGUAGAUUUAGCCGACAUCCACAGAAAAUCCAAGUGAUGUCAAGCAAAUAACCACAAGAUUUCCUCUGUAACUUUAUGACUUUAUUUUUCCGUGGAAAUUGUGACUUCACCUUUCUUUAACACAUUCCAUCAGUUUUUAGUUAGGCCUCUAACUUAAACGAGCGUAUUUUUUGUAAGUGUAUACUACUAAUACAGUCUAUAUGUUUAGCCUUAUCUUAGCUAAAACUGGAAUGCUUUACAGAGAUGCAUGAGCUUCUGUAAUAAGAAUAUCUUUAGAUCUUGUCUCCCAACUGUAUUUUAGCAUCUUAUCCUAUUGAGUAUUAUAUGAAACGGCAAACCGAACCACAUAGUCAGAUUUGUACCACAAAUAUCUCAUUUCUUUAGUAGGUGUGAUUGCUGUCCAUCACUUAGAUCUAGAUGAUAAAAUGCUGUAGGGGAAAUCAGAGUCAGAUGUACAGAUAGAUCAGUUGUUUCUUAUACUCUGACAGGUUUUCUGUGCUCAAAUGUUUAAGCUGUGCAUACCACAACCAUUGCUGUAUAUGUUACGUGAGCAUGAUCCCUAUACUCGAGUGUUUGUUUACAGCGUGUGCACGCGUGCAUGUAUGUUUUAAAUGUGACUGAGUGAGUAUUAUGUUUGAAAAGACUUGUGUACUUUUGAAUGUAUCCACACUGCUUUCUCAAUUACCUGGUCCAGCGUUUAUAUUCACUCGUAAUGUUAGUAAGACUGCGCCCUCCCUCAUAUCAGCACUCUUACUUUAAAGCCACUCUCUGUAACAAUACAAGUUCUGACCACAUUAUAGCCUGGUUCAAAAAGCUGUUUUGGUCUCAAUCAUUUGAUUUCACAGCCAUGACACCUCUUGGCAUGUUUCCAUUACCCCUAGAUUUGCCCAAAACCAAAUAUCGUAGAAGAAAUCCUGUAAUGGAAACGGCAGUAAUUCGUCAAAACUCCCAAAUAUCGAAUAAACCUUUUCACGCUUCCACGAGGUGGUUUUUCAGGCGAUUCGAUAAUCCACUUUAUCUCAAAAGUGUAAUAUUCCAUGUCUGGCAAUUCUGGAUGUGACGUAGCCGGUCAAUCUGAAGUCUUCAAAAUCUAGUUUCCAGCUGUUUUUGACCUCAAUACGGUUUAGUUGUCCUGUAACACCACUUAAUCAUACAUUACAUGAGGGCUUUGCCUCUGAAUAAUCAUUUGAAUGAUCAUCCACUGCCUUCAUCAUCCGACAUCUCAACAGCGGUAGCCGCAAAAAAAAUAUUUUUUCUUUGCAGAACGAGACACAGAGUUCAAGAUUUACGCUUAUUCGAAAAACACCGGAAACACAGACCCCUGCAGAGCAAACUCUAUCGCAAAUUCAGAGAUUGGAUUUUCUUUUGCGCAACAGUGUAGUAGAAACGUGACUUCUAGGGGGGGUGAAUUUUUUUACACCACGCCUGUAGAGUUUAUAUAAAGCUUUAAAUCUGUUUCUAAUAUGGCUGAAUGACAGUUGGUUCAGCCGACGGGUGGCCGGUAUCAUUUCCUUUCAAAACCAGUCUUCAAAAACCAAUGGGGCACAUGAGCUAAUGCUUCGUCCAUUGAUUGAAACAGUCUACGGUCCCACUAGAGCUGCACUUCAUUGUGUCUUCCACCAGAGGCUGACACAUUCGUAUGACGCGCCGCCCCCAUGUGGUCAGAAGUGGUAAUGCUACACAGAGAGGCUUAAAUGACUUCACUAGACGUUAUAUAAUUUCACAUUUUUGCGUGACACAUGGACCAGAUCUCAAUCCUUUUUGCUGACCUUAAUAUGUUAACAGCAAUUAAGGUAAAACAAGUAUGUGGAGACAUAAAAUGCCCUCAUUUCUAGUCAUGUGACCUUUGUUCGGUCUAAGCUGCUUCACUGACAGCAACACUUGUGGGGGUGAGGUGACAUAACAUUUUGCCAUUUUGGUGUUUAAUUGGGAUACAUUCCAUUUCUGAUAUAGCAAAGAAAGUAUGUUAGAAAAUACUCUUCAGGAUGCUGCAAUUUUUUUUAUUACAGUGCAUUAAUAUUUCAAUCCCAAAUCAAGAAAAGUUGGUUCAAUAUGCACAUUUCUAAUCCAUGUAUCAUCUAUACGCGCUUCUUCCUAUUCAAGAUUGAGACAUCUGCAAGCUGUUUAUCCCAGUUUUCUUCAGACGAAAGCAGGGGUACACCCUGCAGAGAGACACCUGCCAGGAAUCAUGCUUUUCCUUUCAUACCUGCAACACGUUCUGAAACAUUUGCCGUUCCUUCUCCCAACACUGAAUUGAAAAUAACAAAAUUAUCACUUCACUUAUUGUUUUGCUCCAUUCUUCCUGCAAACACAUGCCGACGCGUUUUUGUUUUCAAAACUGCCCUCAUGUUCUCGGUCAGGUGGGGACUGCAGGAAGGCCAGUUCAGUACUCGUCCCCUCGUCUUCCUCAGCUGUGUCUAUGUAAUGAGGGAAGAAAGCGGUUUAGCAUUAUCUUCUUUAACAAUCUGUGAAUGAAGAUGGCAUUUGUUGCUCUAAAAUUUCAAUGUACUUUUGUGUUUUAUGUUGCCAUCACAGAAGUGGAAAUGGACCUCACCUAAGUUGACUGAUACAACCGCAUAUCAUUGGCUUUUUCACUCGUUACGUGAUGGCAGUCUUUUAUGGAGUGUUUUUGGUUCACAGUACAUAGUCAUUCACAGUUUAUUUAAUUUAUGGUUUCUGAUGACAAACACAUUCCCACUGCUGUCGUCCGUCCUAGAUGCCUCCGAGACCAAUGAUGUCAACUUCAAUCCCUGGCUCAUUAUUUUCCUUUGCUUUCUCACUUGCAAAAAAUUGCCCCACACCAACUUGAUUUUUAACGUGAUGCAGGCCUGAAAUGAAAAACGUUUUACCAAAUGAUAUGAACCUGAAUUUUGUUAUACUGUGUGCAAAGAAAUAAGUCAUAGUGUUUGUUUUUAUGGAUAUAUAGAUAUAUUUUUUUUUCCUUUAAUUUUCCAUAUUGUCCCAACUCUGAUUAAGACUUUUGAUUAGUGGAAUUAAAUGGUCUCAAAAUUACAUUACCAUCAUAUGAUUAAUACCAUUAAAACAAAAGCAGUAAUUUCCACAAGUCUAAUGUUAGUGUGAUCCACUUUACUCUCACUUAGCAGCUCCUCGGGCCAGAAAGGAAAACGGAUGAUAAAAUCAUGCUUUGGAAUUAAAAUAUUAAAACAACUAUUCAUGAUGUAAGAUUUAAAGAUAUUUAUACCCCCAUUUAGUCACAAGAAUGAUCUUGGCAACAACCAGUCUUGAAUCCUGCGUGUGAAUCAGAGCUGAUUGCACACAAGAGAUGGAAAUGAAAACCUGCUCUUCCUAAUCAAAGUUGAACCCCCUAGCAAAUCAACACGGUUUCAGCCUGGGAAAAGUUUCUGUGGCAGAAACAGAAUGUACAUGUUUUCAUGUAUUUGGUUUUAAGUAGGAGUACUUCACUGCUGGAGCUCUCUUCGUGUGGUCUUUUCUUUUCCUUAUCUAGCAGUAAUCCUCCUGACAGAAGUGCAGGUGAGAAAUGUGAGUGACUGACAUGUGAAGGCAGUGAGGUUAUCAGUAACGGGUUUGUGCAGCUCAGCCAGACACUGGUGUGUACUACACAUUAACAUUCUGUCUUGCUGAUGAAAGUCACUUUCUCUGUUAGGAAUUGGUUGUUUUCCCAGAGACUCCUGGUCCUCGAGAUUCUUGAGAUUCUUCAGUCUAGCUCAGUUUGGAUCAGCUCUUGAGUUUGUGUUUUCAAUUUAUCUAAACAGAUGUUUGUAUUCGUUCAUCUCUGAACAGUUUCACAAAUUCCGAAAACUAUGUGGAAGUUUCCGUGUGUCUCCCUAGCACAGCGUUAGCGAUAGAAUAUUUGAUUCUCCUUUCAGUAGAUGGCCUUUAUCAACACCUUGCAUGUUAGAUGUAUUAUUGCUGUAUCGAGGUUCGCUUGGACUUAUUAUGCUUUUUUGUUGAGUUCAUGCAUGGCCAUGCUUGGACCCCCUUAAAAAACAAGUCAUUUAGAGAAAUGGGUUGUUCUUUUCCUGUUUUUGUAGGUUUACUGCAGAACCUCUAAUGGUCAGGAGUACCAAACAGUACUCAUGAGAACCUCUACUAGGAAUACUCCAUGCUUAUUCCUACAGCUAACACACUUGCAUGACAAUUUUUUUUGUUUUACAUCGCAAAUAAUUGUUGUCACCACAAUUGAGGGAUGCAAACAACAUCUUUGGAGGACCGUACGGUAGCAUCCUCAGUCUAAUGUUAAGAUUCUUUGAGAGAUUCAACACUGCAGUCAGUCCCUGACUUAACUGUUGUAAUUCCGAGUCAGAUUGUAAGUCUGUGUUGUUCAAAGGUACAACAAUUGUACUUUGACGAGGUGGUAUAUGUGGAUAAUAGUUUUAGCUUAGGACAGCUGUAGAUAUCUAUGGUUUUUAGUCAUCAGAUGAAGGUUAGAAGCUGCUGACCUGACUGUUGUAACAUCUGAUGACGGUAGAACUAGUUUAGGUUUGCGAGAAGUCUCCUGCUGUCAUGAACCCUGAAUUCCUGUGCUCCUACUACUGCUGCUCUUUCAAAACUUCCAUUUACUGUUUAAUCAAUCACGCAUCAUCAUUUAGUCAAUUCUGAAUCUUUUCAGAGGAAAAUGAUGCGCUUGUCCUUUAACAGUUUGCCUAAUUGUUGCGAUUGCCAUGAGAAGUGGUUGUGAUUAAUGCACAAGCACCACAGCCUGCCUCUCACUGAUAUAUCAUAUUUAUCAGUUUCUAAAAUCUGGCAACGUUGAAAUACGUUAUAUUUUGUUUGGUAAUAAAAACAUGUUAUGUAGAUUUUUUGUAUAACACGGACUGUUUUUCUCACAAGUUCUCAACAUCACCGUGUGGCUUCUUGCUGCCGACUACAAAUUAUUUAUCAGCGCGUAUGUUGUUUAUCUAUGUUGCUGACAACUAUCAUUGAGUUUGAGGAGAAGGUGAACCAAGACCAAGAGACCAAGAGGCAGGAGUAGUAAACAAAGUCUUUCCAUUAAAUAUAAGGUGCUGCCAUAGCAGGAUAUCAAAACCCACAAAAGUCCAAGACACAGAGGCAGAGACUGGCACACUGACAGGCUCUCAGGCCUAACAAGACAGGGCUGUUCACAAUCAAGACAGCUACUUGAAAAGGAAGUCGAGCAAGAACUGACAUGUCAGGAAUGACGCUUUCAAAAUAAAACAGGAAGUUAAGUUAAACACAAAACAAGAGACUAGAAAGAAAAGAACAGGAAACAGGAUUAAACGUUAACCCAUCAGGGAGAAGAUCAAAUUCACUCUGAGGGGUAAUAAGGACAAAUUUACAAAGGUUUGGUUGCCCUUUCUUAAAUAUUUUGACAAUCUCACUGCUGUCACAAACUGGCACCCCUCCUGAUCAGGCCCUGCUACGUCUGCAUGUCUGCAGGUCAACUCUGGUUCUGGUGACUGUGACCAUAGCUGUUCUAUAUAUUAGUACUAUUAUAGCAUUUUUUUUCUUUCUUUCCUUCUUAAUUCCAUUAUUUACUCAUUUAACUAUUUAUUGUUUUUGUAUUUCCUAGAGUAUCUGGGAACAUGGAGUGGUGAGGGUGGGGCAGCGGGGAUUUAUUAUGUGAAGUUUCUUAACAUGUGACUUGUACAUGAUCUCAACAAAAAUGCCAAUAAACAUUAACCCAUCAGGAGAACUGGAAAACAUCCUAAAGCUCCAAGAUCAAAACCCCACAUAUGUACAGGCUACGCGAUAUGGUUGCGAGAUUUUACAUUUCUUUCUUUUUUCUUUGGGUCUUUUUUCUCUAAAUUUUGGUUUUAAGUCCUGACUAUUGUGCCACUAGCCUGGUCAGCCAUACCCAUGAACUUUACAAAACCUCACUCUUGUGUAAUGAGUCUGGCACCUCUCCUAGUCACAUCUCCACUGGUGCAGGAUGUAUCGGGCCAAUCACAACAGGGCGGGGGCGGGCUUUAUGCCAUGAGCCAAUCAAGAGCUACCACCGCAUGUUUUGUUUCUGUGACUGGUUGUAGACUGAUCCCUCGGCAGUUUAUCUUUCGUCUGUCUGUACUGCCGUCUGGGAAUCAAAACUUGCCAGAAUAUCGUAACUCUCCACAAGACAAUAUGGUGAAGAUUGUAACUGACAUCUUAGAAUAUCUUUGACUAUAAACUAUUCUCAUACACUGUAGGAUAUCGAUCAAACGUAUAUUCCUGGCCACUGAGAAGCUUUUCCAUUUGACUGUGAAGAUAUUGUGUUUGUAUGACAUCAUCAUGUGUCCAUUAUCCCCAUUGUACCUCAACUGUCAGUGUUUUUUAUUUUCAAUCACUGCCCGCUGAAUUUUGACAGCAACUAGAAAUGCACAUUUACUGUAUACUUAUUCUUGAAUAUAUAACUGUGUCAAAUGUUGAUUUAUACAUAUAAAUAUACAUGUGGUCAGUAUUGUAAAGCAGGAGGGGAGACAGUUGUUAUUCAGAGGUUGGUGUUUCUGUUUCUGAUUACUUCCUGCUGACGGAGAAGUAAAAUGAACCCUGCAUGACGACGCUGUAGUCCUUUUAUCAGUUAGGAUUUACAUACUUUCAGCAUAUUGGGAUGAAUCCUGUUGUCCUUAUCAGCACUGCUUCAGAAGUGUGAACUAUGCUACUGUUAUGUGCUCUCUGUGUGAAAAUACAUGAAGAAACAAAUAUUUUACAAUGCUUUCCAUGUGCCAAAAAUGUUUUGUUCCUUCUUUGGGGUACUCCUAGAAAAGCAUACAUUCCUUAAAUAAAGAAUCCAAAAGAAAU